AUGUUAUUGUUACAACAAACACUUUUACCAAUCGAAAUUCUAUUGCAUACAAUCGUCAAAGAAUACUUACUUGCAUCAUACUGUAUUACAGUAGUAUCUGAAUAUCCUUUUGAUGUUAAAUUACCAAAUAAUUUCAUGUAUAUUGAGCCUCAAGAAAACGACAAAAGUUGCAAUGAUACUCUACCUCAGAAGAUGCUAGAAGCUUCCGAAGCGGGCUGCUCAGACUAUAUCGUUCAAAUGAAAGAUCCAAAACGGUUCAUGACUAUCCUAGAUCAAAAUAUACAUUUAGGGAAUACUAGGCGAAGUGAAAGAAAGAUUAUUAUCCUACCAAUACCCGAUGUGACAUACAAAGAAAGCAACGAUGAACUCUUGGAAAUUUUAACGAUGAAAGAGACCAGUUUCAUAGCUAACAUCUUACUGAUAUUGGCUUCUGAAGAACAUUGUAUUACAUAUGAUUUGGUAACCCAUAAAUAUUAUGGGACUACUGACACUGAACAGGCUCUAUAUCUGGAUAAAUGGAACUCCUGUACCUGUAAAUUCGAUAAAAAUGAAAACCUAUUUCCACACGAUAUGGCGAAUUUGCAAGGGAAAGAAGUGAAAGUGGCAGCAUUCACGUACAAGCCCUAUGUGCUUUUAGAUUUAGAUACCGGUCUUGCACCUCUAGGUCGUGAUGGAAUGGAAAUGAGAAUCGUUGACGAAUUUUGCAGAUGGAUAAACUGCACCGUAAAAAUAGUAAGGGAUGAUGAGCACGAGUGGGGGGAAAUAUACGAAAAUCUCACAGGUGUCGGCGUCAUAGGAAACGUUUUCGAAGAUAGAGCCGACUUGGGAAUAACUGCUCUAUAUUCCUGGUUUGAAGAAUACGUUGAGAUGGACUUUUCAUGUCCUAUUAUACGAACUGCUAUAACUUGCAUAGUGCCGUCGCCUAGAUUACUGGCUAGUUGGGAGAUGCCCCUUCUCCCUUUCAGUCUCUACAUGUGGAUAGGGUUGUUCCUGACGUUCGUAUAUGCAUCUCUAGCUUUAUUUGUUGCCCAAGGCUUUUCGGGCCACAAAAUAUUCUUUACCACUUUUGGUAUAAUGAUAACACAGUCCCAGCCAGAACACGGUUUCAGCUCGUGGCGAAUACGCAAUGUGAUAGGAUGGAUGAUGUUGACCGGCUUGGUUUUGGACAACGCCUACAGCGGCGGUCUAGCGUCCACCUUCACAGUGCCUAAAUAUGAGAAAUCCAUCGAUACCAUAGAAGACAUCGUCGAUAGAGAGCUGACGUGGGGGGCUACUCACGACGCGUGGAUAUUCUCCCUAAUGCUUUCGCAAGAGCCAUUAAUUAAAGAUCUACUUAGGCUUUUCAAAACUUAUCCAGCCGAAGAGUUGCAGCGUAAAAGUUUUACGAGAAACAUGGCUUUCAGCAUUGAGAAGUUACCAGCAGGAUACUUUGCGAUCGGUGAGUACAUAACGAAGGAAGCGUCUAAGGACUUCACAAUAAUGUUGGAGAACUUCUAUUACGAGCAAUGUGUGGUGAUGCUGCGGAAAAGCUCGCCCUACACGGAGAAGCUGAGCGAAUUCGUUGGACGGCUACACGAGAGUGGACUAAUACUGUCAUGGGAAACUCAGGUAGCCUUAAAUUAUUUGGACUUUGAAGUGCAGUUGGAGGUAAAAUUGUCUAGAUCGAAACAUGACGUCGAAAAUAUAGAGCCCUUAAGUUUUCGUCAGGUUGUGGGAGUUUUCAUAAUAUACGGAUUAGGUAUGGGAGCUGCGGUAAUCGCUUUCGUAUUUGAGGUAUUAAUUUUUCGGGAAAAGAAGAUCUAG